AUGUCAAAUAAACUAUUAAAAAACAUUAAUCGAGUAUCUAAAAUAUUUCAACCAGUAAAAGUGAUCCCGAAGGAAGCAGUACUUAAACCUGAUGAAAGAGCUAAAAGCUACAGGCUGAUGUUAGACAUGGGAGUAAUCCGGCAAGCCAAUUCUGGAAUGUACACUUUGCUUCCACUGGGAUACCGUGUGCUUGAAAAAUUAGUAGCUAUAGUUGACCAUGAAAUGACAAAUAUUGGAGCACAAAAAAUGCUACUGCCUAAUUUAACCAGCGCUAAAUUAUGGCAGAAAACUGGCAGGUUGCAAGGAAUGGGUCCUGAACUUAUGAAAUUUACAGAUAGGCAUGAAGAAAAAUUUAUUUUAAGUCCUACAUACGAAGAAGCAAUAACAAGUUUGAUAACAAAAAUAGGAUCUGUACAAAAAAGCCAGUUACCGCUGUUACUUUAUCAAAUUUCAACAAAAUGGAGAGACGAAAUGAAACCACGAUUAGGUUUAUUUCGUAGCAGAGAAUUUAUAAUGAAAGAUUUAUAUUCAUUUGACGUAACAAUAGAAGAUGCCACAGAAACUUAUGAAUCUGUUAAGCAAGCUUAUAAUAGAAUUUUAUCUCACAUUGGAGUUCCUUAUACCGUAGCUCUGGGUGACCCAGGAUUGAUGGGUGGUAAUUUGUCCCACGAAUUUCAUUAUUUAUCAGAUAUUGGGGAGGAUAAAAUUUUGUCAUGCAGUUCUUGUGAAGUUAACGUCAACGCUACAAUUAUAGAUAAAACAACUUGCUUCAAUUGCGGCUCGGAAUUAACAGAACAAAAGGGAAUAGAGGUUGGACACACAUUUUUGCUCGGAAAUAAAUACUCCAGAGCACUAGGAGCCUCUUGUCAUGUCCAAGGCGAUCAUGUGUUCUUUGAAAUGGGCUGCUAUGGUCUAGGACUAACUAGAUUAAUGGCCGCCGUAGUUGAAAUUUUAUCAACUGAAGAAUCUCUGAGGUGGCCUAAAUGUCUCGCGCCUUUUACAGUCUGCAUUUUGCCACCAAAGGAAAAAAGCAAGGAAUCUACAGCAGCUCAUUUCACAGACGCAUUUAUUGAGAUGCUGGAUAAGAGAAAUAUUGAUUUCAUCGUUGAUGAUAGAACUAACCUGACUAUUGGUAGACGAAUUUUGGACGCUAAGAGAACUGGCUAUCCUUACUUAAUAAUUAUUGGUAAAAAUUCAGUGCAAGACAGCCCUUUAUUUGAAGUUCAUGAUGUCAAUAAUAAGCUGGUAUUAGAUAUGAGCGUUGAUCAGUUGAUAGAUUUUUUUAGCAAUUCAAAUGAUGACAGUGAAAAAAUACAUGAAGCUAUUGCAUAA